ACAUGACCAUAUGAUAUUGAAAUGACAGUUUUCCAAGGGUAUCAAAAACUUCGUGCCCCACAACCCAUUUUUAUUACUACUAUGUUCUCGAGUGGGCAGCGCCAACGAAGCGUGCAUCUCUGUGUUUAGAAAGCCACUUGGCAGGUCCCAGACCCAGUCCCCAGUCUCCAGUCUCCGUCUUUCGUUCACCCCAUCUUUGGGAGGCAGUGCGCUUGGGGUCUGAUCUUAAAAAAAAAAUAAAAAAAAAGCAGUAGAAUCAAAGCAGAAAAAGGCUUAAUUAAAUUUAAAGAAAACUUGGCUCGAAAACUGUCUGCAGACAAACAGACAAAACAUAUUGAAGGCCUACAUACAUACAUAUGUAUGUAUGUACAUCAAAUGUAUGUAGCCAGACAUUAUAGAUUGACCGACUUCUUGUAGCGCAACCGAAACACCCGUUAAUUGAUUGGGUUCUGGAAUCUGAUUUUAUAGUCGUCUGUUUUUGUUGCUUACAAUGUUGUGAGGAGAAAAUUGAAUAGAUAAAUAAACGAGUAGAAAUCAAAUAAAUAUUGGCACAACCAAAUAAAUAAAUAAAUGGAUUGAAUUGCUAUUCAUAUGGUAACAUGUGAUACGAGUAUUUUUCAAUGAAAUAAAUGGCUAAAUAAAAAACGAUUUUUUUCGUAAAUAAAUACGUGAAGUGAAAUUCCAACCCUUUCUGAAAUAUUCCCCCGAAAAAUAAUCAAAUGAAAUGCCAAAUCCAAAACAAGAAUUUCCCUCGCAAAAAAGUCUUUGAAUUCGUAAUAAAAACAUGUGCCUCGAACAGACAACAUUUCACAUUUAUCGCUGGACGACUGGCAAUCAUAAUUAUUAUUCGUGGCAUUCCAGGCCCAGUUUUCAUUCAUUUAUUCUCGGUUCGUUUGGGGGAAGACCACACGAAAACAUUCCAGCAAACAGGCAAACAGGUUGUCAUAAAAAACAGCUGAAAGAGGAAAGAAAAUGAAAAAUCAAACACGUGCACGGGAGAACGGCGGAAAAGGUUAACGAGAACAGCAACAAUAAAAACAAAAAUUUUUUAUCAAACAGAAUAAAAACCAAAACCAAAUUCAAGAUACGCGCGGAAACUGAAAGCCAAUCAUUAAAAAACGACUAACAAAAAAAUAAAAAAGUUAAAAAUAUGUUUAUCUCAUAAAAAAGUAGCCUACAAAACGACCAAAAAUAUUCCUUCAAACACACACAUAAAAAAAACCACUAGAAAUUCCCAAAAAUAAAAUAAAAACCACUAUAAAAAAGGAGGAGGACUAAAAGAAUUUUCAAGCGUUUGGCAUUUUGUCAACCCGUAAAGGGUCCCCCCAAAAAAAAGAGUGGAAGAAAGAGAGAGCCGCACAAGUGGCUGCAACAAAGGGGCUACCACCGAACGAACUCCCAAACCGAACCUCGACCACGCGCCCCUCUGGAAAACGAAAAACUCAGGCCGGAAAACGCUUGUUUCGACACGUGAGAGGAACAGAGAGACAGAGAGUGUGGCUGCAGCAGCAGGAGGUGUACAAAGAGAGGCCAAACCGAGGCUAGUGACAAGAAACAACAACAAAACAAACAGCUCUAUGCCGGCACCAAGAUGAGACGCAGCCGAACAACAACGACAGCCACAACGACGACGACGACGCCCCUGCUGCUGCUACUCCUUUGGGGGGCCCAGGCGGCGGCACAAUGUCCCUGGCAGAGGGAUGUGCCCGACCUGCAGACCAGCUGCAUAUGUGCCUACAAUCUGGGCAGGGAAUUGAGCGUGCAGUGUGACCAGGUGAACUUCGAAGAUCUGCUGCGGGCCAUGAACACCUAUGCGCGGCUGAAGCCCGUGGAUCUGCUGUACGUGAACAACUCCACGAUAGCCGAACUGCCGAAUGCGAUCUUCAGCAAUCUGAGCCUGCACAAUGUGCAGCUGUCGAGCUGUGGCAUUCAGCGGAUAGCGGAGGGCGCCUUCAAGGGCCAGGAGGGUGUGCUGCGUAACCUCAAUCUGCAGGACAAUCUGCUCAGCGAUGUGCCGGUGAAGGCGCUGCAAUUGCUGGCCAAGCUCAAUCUGCUGGAUCUAUCGAAGAAUCAGCUCACCCGCAUACCAGACGAUGCCUUCAAUGGACUGAGCAAGCUCUCCACUCUCAAGCUGAACGACAACAAUGUGACCCUUGCGGCGAGCGCCUUCCGUGGACUCGAACAGAGUCUGAAGAACCUCAACCUGAAGGGCACCAAGCAGCGACGUGUGCCCGAGUGCAUCAGAGGGCUCAAGAGUCUGGCCUUCCUCGAUCUGUCCCAGAACGGCAUCAAGGAGCUGCCCGGAGCGGGCGGCAUACGUGUGUUCGACAGUCUGGAUGCGCUCACUGCCCUGAAUCUGGAGAGGAAUCUCAUCCAGAGCAUUGGCGAGACGGCCUUUGCGGGUGUGCGCAAGACCCUCAGCUCGUUGAGUUUGCUCAACAAUCUGCUGGCCGAGUUCCCCAUCGGUGCGGUGCACUCGCUGAAGGAGCUGCGCGUCCUGGACAUUGGCUUCAAUCUGCUGACCAGCCUGCCGGAGGCCGCCUUCCGUGGCAAUCCGGGCAUCACCCUGCUCGCCCUCGAUGGCAACCCACUGAGCACCGUGCCCGAGGGCGCCUUUGCCCACCUGAACGCUACGCUGCGUGGCCUCUCGCUGGGGGGCAGAUUCCUGCACUGUGACUGCAAGCUUCGAUGGGUAGCCGAGUGGAUACGCAACGGAGACCUGCAGGUCACAUCACGAGAGCGCAAUCCACAGUUCUGUGGCACCCCACCGCGUUUCCGGGACCGUGGCUUCUACUCCAUACAGCCCGAAGAGCUGAGUUGUCCGGACAUUGCCGAUGCGGCGCUUCGUGGUCCAGUUGGCCUGGCCGAUAACCUGAAGCCAACAUUGGCCUCGUCGCCCGAUUCCGUGGAGUAUGAAACGGGAACGGGAACGGGCACGGGCACCGGCACCGCUGCCUCUUCGCCGGUGUCCAGUAGUGUCCAGAGCAGCUCCACAAGCACAACGACAACGACAACCACAACAACAACAACCACAGAGGAGCCAACAACGAGGAGUUCGAGCACGACGCGUCUGCCUGCCAAGACAACUGCAACCGUUUCAGCCAGCACUGCCCCGCCAUCGGCGGCAACAAACCUAUCCGCAAAUGGCACCGGAACCGUCCAGGCGACCACCAUCACCACGAGCAGCUCAUCCUCCUCCUCGUCGAGUGUGCAUGCGAACAGCAAGCAGGCGCCCGGCUGGCGUCAGGGCGUGAACAACAAUGGGGGAGCGCACAAGCCGCAGCGGCCACCGCUGGUGCUGGGCUAUCCGCCGCAGCGGGGCACACGGAUCGACGAUGCCAACGAGGUGCAGGUGAAGCACGCCUUCCGGCAGGACAGCUCCGUGAUCAUUCAGUGGGACUCGGACACCGCCAAUAUCCUGGGAUUCCGCGUGGUCUAUCGCCUGUUCGGGGAGAAGGCCUUCAAGCAGGGACCGCCACUGGAGGCCAGCGAGCGGGAGUUCAAGAUCAAGAAUGUGCCCGCCCAGGAGUGCAUCAUUGUGUGUGUGAUCUCGCUGGAGGAGCUGCAUGUGACGCCGGAGACGGUGCCGUAUCAGCAGUGCCGCGAGGUGCGCACCGUGGCCUCGCAGGCCUCCAAUAUGGACAAGAUAACGAUUGCGGCCAGUGCCGCCAUUUGUGGCACCAUCAUUGUGGCCGUGAUUGUGUUCAUUGCUGCCAGCAGGCGCUCGCGCAAGCUGCAGAACAGCCAACAGAAGAGUCCACUGCCAAUUGGAGGUCUGCCUGUUAAUUGCUGCGGUCCGACCGGUUCACCGGGCCCACUUGGCUCCAUUGCAACGCUAUCGGCAUUUAACAAUCACAAGGAAUGGGAUCAAGUAUCCGCGUACAGUGGACGCUCCAUACCGCGUCCCCGCAUCUAUCCCGUUGAGCAGCCCGAUGAUAUGCGCAGCCACUUUUCCGGCAUGCCUGGGAAAGUGGGCAAAUCCAGUCGUUCCAUUGCCGAUGGCCAGUCGCAGCACAGCUUCUCGAACAACUCGCAUCGCGGCUAUUUGGGCAGCGCCUUCCCCUCGAAUCUGGUCAACUCUCGCCCAGAGCUGCGGCAGUCCCGUCAGUCCCUGGCCGCUGCCUCCGAACGCAUGUCGCGCGCCUCCUACGCCGGCUCCAUUCAUGGCGGCAAUGGCGGUGGCGGCGGUGGUGGUGGCGGCGGCGGCGGCGGCGGUAUGGGACCAAUGGGGGGUCCAGGUGGCCUGCCCGUCAGCAGCCUGAUGAGCAUGAGCGGCAUGGUGGGCGGCGGUGGACCCGCCAGCAUUGCCUCCAGUGCCAGACGAUCGCGGCCGCGCUCCAGAUCACGCGAUCAGCUCAAUGCCACGCACAUACAUAACCAUCGACCGGGAAGUCGAUACUCGCAGGCGGGCUCAACGCAUACGCUGAACAACUACUGCGAUACAUCGGAUAAUUGGACCGAUCACGAUAUGGACAUAUAUAUGGCGCGCAAUCCGACAACGCGCAACGGUUUAGUGCCAUUAUGAGGGCGGCUUACGUUAUCCUGAUAUUUCAAUGUUGUAUUAAAUCUGGAUGGCAUUUUCUGACAAUAUCUGACGCCGGCCAUCGAUGGGAGUGGUGCCACAAGGGAUGGUCGGCGUCAGCAACAGCAACAGCAGCAACAGUCGCGCAGAAAUGGUAGACAACAUCUGCAACAUCAGCAACAACAUCAGCAGCAGCA